AUGGAGGAAUCGAGGCCGAGGAGGGCGCAGCCGGCGCCGGCGAGGAUCCGCCCCGUGCCGAUCGCCGUCACGCCGGAGGGCUUCUGGUGCUGCCCCUCGCCAGCGGCGCUGCACAAGAGCCUCAAGAACCCGCAUCACCACCACGGCCACGCCGGCGGCAACAGCCACAGCCAUAGCCACAGCAAGCAGCAGCGCAAGAUCCCGUCGGCACCCCCAUCCGUGGCGCCCUCCGUGCAGAACGCGCCGUCCGUCACCGACGAGCCAGGGCGCCGGGAAGCUCCCGACGAGCAGAACGCGGCGGCGGCCGAGAUUGCGGCGGAUAAGCGGCCGGAGCAGGCUGGCGACGCGGAGGCUCAGCAGCACAAGAUCUGCGUUGGGUUCGGGCAGCCUGAGACGAGCGACCUGACGGUGAUGCUGUAUGGCAAGGAAGGGAUUGCUGUCAGGAUGAGUGUGCAUAGGGACGUUCUCUCUGGAAGCAGCGCUUUCUUCGCCGAGAAGCUCUCUGACGGCGACAAUGGCCAUGGUGGCUCUCUGGUGCCAUGCGUGGAGAUCCAUGACUGCGACGAUGCCGAGAUCUAUGUGGAGACUGUCGGGCUGAUGUACUGCGACGAGGCGAAGCACAAGCUGCUCAAGCAGAAUGUGUCGCGUGUGCUUCGCAUCAUGAAGGUUGCUGAAUUACUCGGUUUCCAUGCUUGUGUCAAGUCAUGCUUGGAUUAUUUGGAAGCAGUUCCUUGGGUCGGUGAGGAAGAAGACAGCGUUGUGUCGUCCAUACGACAUCUUCAGAGCAAGUCUUAUGGAGUUAGCCCUCUGCUGAAAAGAGUUACGUCUGACAGCCCGUACUCACCAACCGAUACUUUGUCUCAUAUUAUGGAGAUGGUCUUGAAGAGCAAUGAUGACAGGGGACGUCGGGAAAUGAAGGCCCUAGUUCUGAAUCUUCUCAAGGAUAGCAGCCGUUGCACAGAUGGAACAUCAGACAUCUGUUGUGAACUAUUUUACGGUUCGUGUCGAGGUUGCUUGGAAAGACUUCAGCCACUCUUUGUGGAAGCAUCUGAAGCAGGUUUUCCUUCCCAAGUUACACGCCAAAUAACUCUGGAGACUGACAAUAUCCUCUGGUUGGUUGAGAUAUUGGUUAACCAACGAAUUUGCGAUGAUUUUGUGGUCAUGUGGGCAAGCCAAAGUGAGCUUGCGUCAUUACAUGCAAAAUUGCCUAUCGCCUCUCGCCACACAGUUAGCAGUAUAACAGCAAGGCUCUUUGUUGGCAUCGGAAGAGGAGAAAUGCUUCCGUCCAAGGACACUCGUCUUCUCCUCCUGCAAGUCUGGCUGCAAGCACUCAUCGAUGACUACUCAUGGCUACAAUGCAGCUGCCGGUCAUUUGAUAGGAAGCUUGUCGAGGAAGGGAUUGGGCAGACAAUCCUGACACUUCCUUUGGAAGACCAGCGGUCUAUAUUACUGUCAUGGCUCGGGAGGUUCUUGAAAUUAGGCGAUAACUGCCCGAAUUUGCAGAGGGCGUUCGAGGUAUGGUGGAGAAGGACUUUCGUCAGACCUUAUGUCAACCAGCUCCUUCUCCAUUGUACUUCUUUUUUACUUUCAAGUUGUUAUCAAAUAUGA